AUGAAGUUAAUAUUUGCCCUUUUUUUAGCCAUUGGCCUUGCUCAGGCCUCUUGCAGCCGUCACGAAACUAGCAUCCGAUGCGACUCUGGUUGGGAAGACACGGACGAGUGCGCAAAGGAGCUCGGCAAUACACGAACCUGUUAUUGCGUCGAAAAUUUUCGUACCUAUUACGUUGCCAACUACAAUGUCGACGACUUUAAGAAAUGCUGUGACAGCAAGUCUGGUCAUAUCAAUUGGUGGAACCUUUGGCGUUUAACUAAGCUGCACCUCUCUUUGGCUUAUCUGUAG